AUGGAGCUAGAGGGGCAGUGGUGGAAAGGACAGCUCGCUGCCGACAUCCACCAAGCGCUUCGCUACAAGGUAACUCGGAUCAUCAGGGCACCAUCGUGUUCUACCACUUUUCCCCACUUUUUUUAUUUUAUUUGCUCCGGGUGAAGGUAGUUCUCGGGCUGCUCAGUGCUAGAAUUAAGUUUGCUUCUUUUGAGUGACAGGGCGAAACAGCUGCCUGCUGCUCUUUCUCUCUGUCCUCCUCCCACCCCACAUUGGGCGCAUCAAACGGCUUCCUGCGUUCACUCUUUUGUCCCCAGCGUUUACAUUUUGCAGGAAGGCCGUGCCUUAUGGGCCGCCUGUUUACCUCCAGAUGGAUUUCAUAGUCUUGUGUUCGUUCACAGGGCUGUUUCAGGAGCAAAGUUGCUAAUAUGUUCACGUGCAGGUGGGGAAACUUAACUGCAUGCUUGUUGGGAAUUCAGGGGGACUUGCUUCUGAGGCCCCUAUGCCCUGAAAGUUAGUUGUGCUUUAAAUCCAUCUUGAUAACCGGCCUUGUAUUUCCCACUGAAGGGGGCUUGCUUCUGAGUAGAUACUCAUAGGGUUGCACCAUAAAGCUUAGGUACAUUAAAUCCCAUUGGUUCCGGUGGCUUUAAUCCCUAAGCUGCUUUGUUCUCUCAUGGGACAGGGCAACUCUGGUCAACUUUCAUGUGCACCCAGCACGGUGUACCAGGGCCUCCCAGCCACUAGGAACAGUUUUUGGAGGAGACUGGGUAGAGAGGGGAAAGUUGCCAAAGCAAUGUUCCUUGUACUGUAUUCUGUUCAUGGAAGCAAAGUUAGACUCCAAGCUGGUGUCCUAAAACUGCCUAGGAUCAGACUUCACCUUUCUCUGAACUGGGGCCUAAGGUAAACAUCCCAGACUGCCCACACAACUUGCUUCAGGCUGCAUUAUAUGUCUGUGGCAGAGAUGAAACUUAGAUCUCGCAGAUCUGUGUCUGCCUGUCUGUCUUCUGAGUCAUGGUGUCUGCCAGAUGCAUGUAUAUUUGUGAGCAUUUGAAACUGGACCUGUUGCUUUUGCAAAAGGAGUCUGAAAUGUUCCUUCUGAGGAUCAAGAAGGGUGGCUGAGUCAAAGGUUUCACGUAAAGUGCUAUAGAAACAAAGGGUAAUAUAUUUUGCAUUGUCUUCAAAGAGUUCAUUGAAACUUUUCUUCUGCUUGAUCAGCUUUCCUUUCUUAAUUGAACAGCAUGUGGAGAUGAAACUCCUAUUCAGAUAGUAACUUCAUUGAGGGACCUGUUUAUUUUCUCUCUACUCAUUCAGGAAUUGUGAGAACCUGUUUAGUCUUGGCUUUUCCCAAAGUGACUCAUCCCUGAUCAAAAACGGCUUUAUUCUACCUUCUAUACAAAAGGGUUUUCCUUUUUUUGAAAUAAAUCAUCAAGGCAACUUCAGAUGCCUUGUCCCAAAGCCCGUUGCGCUGUGUGGAAGUUCAAGGCUGCUUAACUGGGCUAUUGAGCCAGAGUUUCAUGGGAACUACCUAAAGAAUGAAUAAAAUGUGAUAGUGGGUUGCUGGGCGGCAGAAACAACUGUGGGAGAGGCUGGGUCAUAGUCGUUAAAGGGACAUUAGACAGCUGGCUAGUGCUAUAGAUCCUAGUCGGAAAUUGCCAGCCUAUUAGCACUAUUUGUCUCUUUCCCCUAGACUAGAGGCAGACUGCAAUAAAAAUGCAGCGGUCUUCCUCAAAGGACCAGUGUGAGAACAUUUCUUACUUACAAAUCUUAUAGGCUGCCAAACUUAAAACGUUGGGUUUCUAUCUGGAAUGUCUUCUUGAUUUUAGUUUUUAAUAAUAAACAAAUGCACGUGAGAUAACGUUAUCUGCUCUGGAGAUAAUUAAGAGUUGCCACCUGUUUCUGGCAGGACUCCUGUGGUUUUAAACAGGGUAGAAAUUCAACAGGUGCAGUGGUUGAAUUUCUGCCUUUCAUGCUACUGUUAAAGGCACAUAACCCCUGCUGGAAUAAUGAUGGCAACUCUUCUGGAAUUACCAGUUAAUAUACUGUACUGAUUCGCUUAUGUUAAUUUCAUAAAUAGUUGCCACCUAUUUCUGAACCCUUUGGUGUGUGUGUAGUUGCCUCUGGUUGUACAAAUGCACUCUCAGCAGUUACCACUGCUAUAAAUGUCAGUUGAUGAUGUUUAAUUAUAGCAGCGUUCUGAAAGAGUAAAGGUCUGGAUGUGGCUGACAACUUGGGUCAAUUCUCUCUUGAGGAAGGGGAGCAUGCAUCUUAUUCUAAGCAUAUUUACUCAGAUGUAAAUACAACUGAAAGCACCAGAACUUACAUAUUUGUAAGUAUGCUUAGGACUGCAGCCUUUUAAGCAUUAAUCUGUCUGAACAGCACCUUAGUCAUACUCACAUAUAGGUCACAAACAGGAGCAGGGCUGCCCCGUUCUGUUCUACUGACAACUGAAGCAUCAACCUCUCUUUGAAACUAAACCCGUGUACUUGCCCUGGCAGCUGUUUUGAAGCAUGAGUGGUUUGUGUGACUAUCAUCCCAUUUUUCUGCUCUCUCGCCAGCUUCUUAAAGCCUUUGUUGAUCCCAGUGUAAGCUAAGAAAGAUAGCUGAAGUCAGAUGUGCCUUCAAAAAAAAGAUCCUGAAAUUCUGGAUUUAUUCCGCAGUAAAUCAUUCUUUGCUGCAAACUAAAUCCAAACUAUUAUUUGGGGAUAUUCCUUCUUGAUUACUUUAAUUAUAGACUUGUCGUGUCUUCAGUGGAAGUGAUUCUCUGUCGUAUGUUUGUUUUUAAAGCAUUGGGCUGUGAUGUCUUACCUUGCUGACUGCUCUGAGUCAGGUAACUAAAGCAGUGACUCUUGCAGUUAACCCUUGACUACAAAGGAUAAUCACUAUCUAAGGUAGCUGAGCUGUAAAGUAAAUUCAGGCCUUUGUGUGUCAAAGCCUUUUAUCUGUGGUUUUCCCUGUGAAAACCAAGAACACUUAGAAUCAUAAAAUUGUAGAGUUGGAAGGGACCAACAAGGCUCAUCUAUUCCAACCCCCUGCAAUGCAGGAAUCUUUUUCCCAACAUGAGGCUUGAACCUACAACCCUAAGAUUAAGAGUCUCAUGCUCUACAGACUGAGCCCAAUUUUUUUGAGCCCUUGGAUAUAGUGCUGGAUGAAGUUUCCCUGUUCUAGCAACACCCAAUGCUCAUUGUAAUGAUCUUUCAUAACUUCCUAGACUACAGACUUGCUGGCAUUUUGUAUUCUUAGCUCCAGUGAAUUCUUGGGUACUUACGUGCGAAUAGAUGGAUCAUCCGCAUCUGUUUUGUGCAAACAAGUCUGGAGAGGUGAUAAGUGCUGGCAUGCCUGCUAGUCAGAUGUGCUAAUUGGCUGCCUCCCCUUGGUCCAGCUGUGAGCUGGAGAUCCAGUAACCCUCUCCACCACAGAGGUGUUGUGAAAGCAAUGAUUACAGGCAGAUCUUGCUAAUGUAAUAGAAGCCCAUGUAGUGGGCUGCCCAGCUGCUCAUAUGCAUAGGGGUGUUACUGUUCUAGAUUAGCUGAAGAAGCCUUUUGCCUUGUCUGUUACGUGAGCACUGUGACAAGUACAGUGGUACCUCAGGUUAAGUACUUAAUUCAUUCUGGAAGUCCGUUCUUAACCUGAAACUGUUCUUAACCUGAAGCACCACUUUAGCUUAUGGGGCUUCCUGCUGUUGCUGCACGGCCAGAGCCCAUUUUCUGUUCUUAUCAUGAAGCAAAGUUCUUAACCUGAAGCACUAUUUCUGGGUUAGCAGAGUGUGUAACCUGAAGCGUAUGUAACCCGAGGUACCACUGUAAUAGGAUUGAAGGCUAAAGUAGUUUGGGUGGUGGUGGUAGGGAUGGGAAGGCCUAUGAACAACCCUUACAUAUAUGGUGAGAACCGAAGAGAACAGGCAACAAAAUAAGGCUGUUGUGCAAAAACUGACUCUUUUUAUAAUGUCUGCAGUAAUAAAGUGCAGGACAACAUAAACUCAUUUGUGUUACUUGGAACUGUGUGGUGUUUUGUUGCUAUGUUUGAUUUUGGUAUGGAAAUUUGUUCCCAUAUGUUUGAUUCUAGCUAUAUCUCUACUUCUAUUUGACACCUGCUGUUACACUCCGCUAUGUUAUAAAUAAAUAAAAAUACAAAAAAAGGCCCACUCCUGGGCCCUUAUGGAAUCCAGUGGAUUCCUGAAUAGUCAGUGGAAUUUUCUUGCAUAUGCAGCUAGUGAGCCUGUCAAGGCCUUAGUCUCUAGGGAGACGUGGCAGGCCAUCAACACUAUUGUUCCUGAGUGUCCUUUCUAGUGCUGUGGAGUCAGUGCUGUUCUCUGGUACUCGAAAGAGCUGCAGCUGAUGAAACGGGCUGGAUGAUAAGUGCAUUUUGAACCCACCACUCAUUGUAGCUAAUUUGGAUGCGUGCAGGAUGUUGUGUAUGUGUGGCUAUGUGAGAUAGCGGUGCACCCAGAGCUAUUUGACGACUUCCACCUGGCUUUCCCUUUGGAAGGAAGGUAGGUACCCGAGAGGGUUGUGGAGGCCCAGCUUCUUGCACUCUUGGAAGAAACUGAUUACCUGGACCCUGUUCUUCCUUGAUUUCUCAGUGACUUUUGAUACCAUGGUAUCCUGCUAGACUUGACUUGUGAGUAGGGACUGGGAGGCAUUGUGUAAAAGUGCUUCUGCUCCUACUUACAGGACACAUUUCAGAGACUGGCAUUGGGUGGCUAUAUACAGACCUUGGCAACUAUCUUCUAGGGUGCUGCAGGAAUGUAGUUGUGUUUUAAAGGGUUGUUUUUGAUCCGUUGAUAAUUUUAAUUCCUGCUUUAUUUGUAAUUGAGUUUUAAUACAGUAGUUAGCUGCUCUGGCAGGAGGUAAGGAGUGAUAUAAGAACAACAAAUACAGUUGUACCUUGGAAGUCAAACGGAAUCCGUUCCGGAAGUCCGUUCAACUUCCAAAACGUUUGAAAACCAAAUCGCGGCUUCUGAUUGGCUGCAGGAAGCUCCUGCAGCCAAUCAGAAGCCCUGUUGGAUGUUCGGAUUCCAAAAGAUCGUUUGCAAACUGCGACAAUCACUUCUGGGUUUGUGGCAAUUGGGAGCCAAAACGUCUGAAUUCUAGGGCAUUCGGGAUCAGAGGUAUGACUGUAAAUGUAACAUCCGAGUGGAAUCAUCACAAGAUCUGGAGUGUGGUGCCACCAGUAGGAAAAAAUAAGAGAAACUGUAAACCCUAGGUUCCUAAACCUUAAAAAUGACUUCAGUUUCUUUAAUUUUGGUUAGUUUCAAUGCCCGUGUAGUGGUGGCUGUCUUUUUUAAAGUGCCUGUUAUUCUCCACUUAGGAGCUGAAGCUUCCAUCCUAUAAAGGCCAGUCUCCCCAGUUAAAUCUGAGAAGAUACUUUGCAGACUUGAUUGCCAUUGUGAGCAAUCGCUUCAGGCUCUGCCCUGCUGCCCGCCAUCUUGCUGUUUAUCUCCUGGACCUCUUUAUGGACCGUUAUGACAUAUCCAUUCAGCAGCUGCAUGUGGUGGCUCUUUCCUGUUUGCUUUUAGCGAGUAAGUAUGAAGCAACAGGAUUAACAGAUUUGAAAAUCAUAUUUCCCAUUGUUCGGUUAAAAGCUCCUCAGUUUUCCAGUCUGUUACAUGUCCUACAACUAUGCAAAAAGAAAAAAGAAAAACACCACCCUGCAUGAUAUCGAAGGAUUGUGAGGGAGACACAGGGCAUUGGCAGUUUCUCAACGAGCACUGUUCUAUGUAGAUUCAAUCUCAUUCUUAUAUCCACAUGUCCUGUGUUAAUAUCAUAUUACUCUCUGGCCUGCCUCAGGUACAGUCGUAUUGUGGUUUUUGAAUUUAAUCCAUUCCGGGAGUCUGACUCGUGGAACAGUUCGAAAACCAAGGCAUGGCUUCCAAUUGGCUGCAGGAGCGCGCUGCAGCCAGUCGGAAGCCAUGCCAGAUGUUCGGCUUCCGAAAACCGGAACAAUCCCUUCCAGUUUUUGAUCGUUCGGGAGCCAAAACAUUUGAGUUCAAAGGCGUUCAGCUUCUGAGGUUCCACUGUACGAAUCACAUCAAAAGCAAGGUGACUGGGGCUGUGUUUUAACCUGCCCCCCAAAUUGUGUGACUCCUCCCACCUCUGCCAUGUUGAUCAUAACUUAUAAAUUGGGAGCCUUCUCUACAUGCGGAGUCUCACUACACAGUGUGGAACCCCAGGCAGGAAGCAUUUCAGAUUGUGCUGGGAUCCUCAACAAAUUGAAAGAAAACCAUAACUUCUGCAGCAGAGAGCUAAUGUAAUGAAGGGUAGAGCUAAAAGCAGCCCCUGUCCCAAUGAGUAAAUUGUGAAGAGGGCUUUGGUGAGCAGCAGAAUUCCUGCUAGAAGUUGUGUCUGCCUCAGAAGCUUUUGGACAAUUGAUUUCGCAAUUUAACAAAGGAUUAAAUACCUCAGAAUUUCAAAUAUUGCGAUACUAUACCUAGUUGUUCACAUCAGAAUCCUAUCACAUUUGCAAAAAUAUGGAAACCAAAACUGGUUAUUUCAGAUACCGUGGCACUGAGUAUGGCAUACAUCCCAAAUAAAAAGCAAUCGCUUUCUACUCGGUGAAUAUAUCUGAAGUGGCAAACCAAAUCUGCCUUGAAUCUACUCAAAACACUGUUUUCAGAACCUUAAAAAAAUAAACAAGUAAAUCCAUUUAUAUUGUCAACCUAAAUGAGCAACCUAUAUUUAAUUUUAAAACUGAGGACCAGAUCUACCAUAGAUUUUGUAAAUGUAUAUCCUUUAUGCUUAAUAGAAAGUGUAUAUAUGCUCUGGUUAGGCCGUUAUCUACCUCUUCAGCUUUUCGCUAUGAGGUGAUAUAAGGUACUACAAGUGCAACAGAAUCCCCGUUGUAACUUUUUGCAGGAUGUGGUGGCAAUUAGCUAAUCCUCUGUAGCAGGACUGAUCAUCAUGCUGUUCUCCAGAUGUUGUUCAACUCCCAUCAGCCCCAGCCAGCCUGAAUAAUGGUUGAGGAUGAUGACAGUUAUGCUUCAACUCCUGGAAGGCACCCUGAUGGCUAACCCUGCUGUAUAGCAGCUGCUAUUAUUUUUAUUUUAUUUUGCAACAUUGAUCCAUUUCUUUUUGAGGCAUUGCCGUUCCUCCAUGAGGAGCUAAAACAUAAAUACAUUUGUUUUUAUCGUGUACCUAUGCUGUAAUGGAAUUUUACCUUCUCAUUUCCCUCAAGGUAAAUUUGAAGAGAAGGAAGACAGUGUGCCCAAACUUGAACAGCUAAACAGCUUGGGUUGUAUGACUAACAUGAACCUGGUACUAACCAAACAGAACUUGCUGCACAUGGAGCUGCUGUUACUGGAAACCUUUCAGUGGAACCUCUGCCUCCCGACAGCUGCUCACUUCAUUGACUAUUACCUCUCCAUUGCCGUUCACGAGUCCGAUCUUCACGAUGGAUGGCCAAUGGUUUGCUUGGACAAGACAAAGUUGUACAUGGCAAAAUAUGCCGACUACUUUUUGGAAGUAUCCCUGCAAGGUGCGUUUUCAUGGCUUUGUUCUAAAGACCCCCAUAGUUACUUAGGUUACACAGCUAAUACUGUGCUUGACUAAACCGUGAUCCUCCGAUGUCUCUCCAGAUCAUGCAUUUUUAAAUUAUGCCCCUUCGUUAGUGGCUGCUGCAUGUGUGGCUUCUUCAAGGAUUAUCUUGCGUCUUUCUCCAACGUGGCCAGCAAGACUCCAUCGCCUUACUGCCUACUCCUGGGACUUCCUGGUGCCAUGCAUUGAACGAUUGUUGGUGUAAGUUUUUCAAGCAGUCUCUGACAUGAUGGUGUGGGUUUAAAUCGCCCAAGUGGUGGAAUGCAGUGGGGUGUAUGUGUUUUGUUUUGCCUUGUGAUCACUUUGAAGAAACUGGUAGUCAUGCUGGUGUCAUUCUUGAUUCUGGCAACUGGUUCAUUUUUAGCUUGAAUGCUUUCACAAUAAUUGCCACAUUUUAUUAUUUCCCUCCCAAUGACUUCCCCCUUUUCUGCCUGAAAUUCAUCCUAGUUAUCACAGACUUCAACCUUGUGUGUUUUGGCUAAGGUACAAAGUGCCUUUAUUAAGGGGACUUUCGUUCUAAUCUUGCCUUCCUUGGGACCCACUUGACAAAAUCGGUUUUUGACUUGAAUGUGGUUUCCCCCUCCGUGUGCUGCCUUGCUCUGCAUCCAUUGUCUUCAGCCUGCAAUCCACCACUUUAGAAGGUCUGAAAUUGUAUGAUGGCUUUAUUCAUACAACUAUAUUUAUUUAGGCGUUUUAUUGUGGAGUUUUGAUUUGCAUUACUACUGCAAGGAAAAUCUGGCUGGUGGUGGCUUUGGUGCCUUAGAAAUAGUUGCAUAAACAGUACCUUGUCUGACUUCUGUCAGUGCACUUAUUAGUUAUCUUUCUACUGAAGUACCCAAAGUGAUGUACCUACAAUAAAAUGAAAGAGCAGAAGCAUACACGUUUAACAGCAUAAAAACUAAUCUAACAAUAUCCAUAAGAUAGCCAAAAUAAAUCAAAUACAGGAAGUUGUAAAGACGACUUAGGAGUUCUGUGCUUCAUUCAUACCCACCAGAUGGUGAUAAACAUUAAACUUAUUAUUUUUGAUUAAACGGUCACCUGUUUCACACAUUCAUGAAUUCAUUUGCUUAAAGUAUACCCUUUUAACGCCCUGCUGCUAAACUCAUGGUCUUGCAUGCAUGCCCUUGCAUGCCCUAUCAAUUUCAACAAGCUAUGUUCAGAAAUGACAGUGUUUUGGAUUGCAGCUUUAAGGUGCCAGAAUGCAGAGCUUAUUAAGCAAACUGAAACUAUUAAAAAAAUAAUAGCCAUUCAGAGUAUAAUCUUCUGAGGCGUAUUUUAUUGUAAGGAUAGGAAACCUGUGGCCUUUUAGAUGUGGUUGGAGUGAAACUACUGCCCAUUGGUGAUAUUGACUGGGGCUGAUGUAAACUGGAGCCCAACAACUCAAGAGCCACAGAUUCCCCUUCUCUGGUUUACUUUACUGUUUUUUCAAAAAUACCAAAUUUUGCAUAUGUAAAAAAAGAAGCACCCUGUUUUAAAAUCAACCUUAGAUGCUGUUUUUUAAAAUGCAUCUGCAAUGUAAAUUCAGAUCUGCAUCUGUUUUGGAAGGUUGCUUAUUUUCUGACAAGUCUUUUCCCACCCCCCAGUCCAAUUGUUUUACGAGGAUGUAAAGUGCUUGUUACAUUUGUUUUACAUGAGGUAAUGUCAGUGAAACAGAAUACUGAGAUUAUUAUUGUGUUCUAUUGUUAAAACUGGGACCAGGAUCUAAAGCAUUGUAAAUAAUGUUCACACCUGCGUAUGUGUGUUCCUCUCCCCACACAGACAUCCUCAGUUUCUUCUCACAGAAAUUUCCAUGCAUAUCAAGUAGGCUUUGAUAUAUGAAGAAAUACUCUCAACCCAAUAUGCCUGCAUACAUACAUACAUACAUACAUGGGGUGGGUGGGUUCUGAUUUCCAGCCUCUCUAAAAUGGAUAGUAAAACAAGGUUUUAAUAUUAUAUUCUAGAGCCCAUGAUAAUGAUGUAAAAGAAGCCAACAAGCAAAAAGGACAGCACGGUUCUCCAGCAGCCCAGCACAGUUUAUUUCAAACAACCCCACAGCCUCCACAGCAGCACAUACCCCAGUAUGUUCAAGCACAUCAGACUCCUCAGCAGUUUCAUCCAACAGCGCAGCAGCAAAACUGCCAGCAGAUUCUGCCAUCUGGCCACACGUCAUCUUAUCCACUGCAGACUUGCCCAGCUGGUUUACAAGGUGGUGUCCAGGCUAGAGGUCAUAUACAGACGGCUGCUGGAAUGUCACUAACUGUCCCCAUAGAAGUGAAGCCAUGUAUAAGUGUUUCUUACAACCGAAGCUAUCAGAUCGCUGGACGUUAUCCUUGCAUUACUCCCUGCUUUGAGAGGUGA